AAGGAAAACCGUAUUGAUCUAGGCGUAUGACGUGAGAGGGCAAAUGAUGUGUUAUGUUUAGGUUUUCCACAGCUCAAGUGAUUGAUUCAAGGAGAGGUGUUACUUUCCACUCAGGAGCCAAGAUCAACCCAUCAAUUAAUUAGCCUACACAUAUGCAUGGCGCUCCCAGCAUGGCCUAUGUUCCUCACCGUCGUACUUAUCACCGUACUCUUUCUCAAAACCAUAGUUUCCCGCAGGCGCCGCCGCGCCUACAACCUCCCGCCGGGCCCCAAGCCGUGGCCGAUUAUCGGCAACCUCAACCUCAUAGGUGAGCUACCACACCGCUCCAUCCAUGAGCUCUCCAAGCUGUACGGCCCUCUCAUGCUGCUCCGGUUCGGGUCAAUGCCCGUCAUCGUCGGCUCAUCAGCCGAGAUGGCCAAAUUCUUCCUCAAGACCAAUGACGCGGCGUUCUCCGACCGCCCGACGCUCUCGAUCGGCAAGUACACUGCGUACGACUCCUCCGACAUCAUGUGGUCCCAGUAUGGAGCGUACCUGCGCCAGGCGCGCAGGAUCUGCGCCACGGAGCUCUUCAGCGCUAGGCGGCUCGAGUCGUUCGAGUACAUCCGCGACGAGGAGGUGCGGGGGAUGAUCCAUGGCCUGCGAGAGGCGUCCGGGCGCGUCGUGCGGCUCAGGAGCUACCUGCAGAUGAUGACGCUCAGCGUGAUCUCACGCAUGGUUCUCGGCAGGAAGUACAUCCAAGGGGAGGCGGCCGCCGAGGAAGGCUCGCCGCCGGUGUUUAUGCCAGCCGAAUUCAGGGAGAUAGUGGAUGAGUUAUUCGCACUGAAUGGUGUUUUUAACAUUGGCGAUUUUGUACCUUGGCUGCAUUGGCUGGACCUGCAGGGGUACGUCAGGAGAAUGAAGAGGGCUAGCAAGAUGUUUGACCAGUUCCUGAACUAUAUCCUGGACGAGCACAACCAGCGGAGACGUCUCGAGGGAGAGAGGUUCGUGGUAAGAGACAUGGUGGACGUGCUGCUGCAGCUGGCCGACGACCCUAACCUUGAGGUCCAGCUCAGCAGGGACAACGUUAAGGCCCUCACACAGGACAUGAUCCUUGGGGGCACGGAUACAACCACUAUGACCAUCGAGUGGGCAAUCUCAGAGCUCCUCAAGAACCCCGAGCUACAAGCCAAGGCCACCGAGGAGCUAGACCGCGUCGUCGGCCGCGAACGCCUAGUCACAGAGGGAGACUUGCCCCACCUCCCCUACAUGGAGGCUGUCCUUAAAGAGACCUUGCGCUUGCACCCGGCGGCGCCGGUGUUGGCGCCCCACCUUGCCCGCGAGGACACCUCCGUGGACGGCUUUGACAUCCCCGCCGGCACGACCGUGUUCGUCAACGUCUGGUCUAUUGGCCAUGACCCCGCGCUGUGGGACGCGCCCGAGGAGUUCCGUCCAGCACGGUUCAUCGGGAGCGAGGUCGACGUCAAGGGACAAGACUUCGAGCUGCUGCCGUUCGGGUCCGGCCGGCGCAUGUGCCCUGGGUUCAGCCUGGGGCUGAAGGUGACCCUGCUGAGCAUCGCCAACCUUCUACACUGCUUUACGUGGAGGCUCCCGGAUGGUAUGACGGUGGAGCAGCUGAGCAUGGAGGAGACCUUCCUACUCGCAAUGCCACGUAAGGUGCCGCUCGAGGCUGUCUUCGAGCCCAAGCAUAUGGAAAGCUUGGAUACAAGUGAUUAGUAUCAUUAAGUAUAUGCAUGUGUUGUUGGCAUGCGGCAUAUGUGUGUAGUGCUUGCUGCUCCUAAAUUGGUGUUUAUGUAAAGCUAUUACUAGUUAGACAGUAUGUUUUAUGUAGAGAUGAAUGACAGAAUGAGACAAUGAGUAUAUAUGUACACACAUGCAUAAUUUGUAGCUGAAUGAGAUAUCUAUAUAUAAAUGGUUGUCUAUGAUGCCA